UGAAGAAGGCAAUGGAAAAGCUCCCCGAAGCAGCAGUCGCGGCUGCCGCCUCAGACGUUCCGAUAGACGUUAUUUGUGGUAUACUAUCGUAUCUUCCCGUCAAGUCGGUACUACGUUUCAGGUGCGUAUCAAAAUCAUGGUGCUCUCUCAUCAAUGAUUCUCACUUUAAAAGGUCACAUCUCCUUCAAUCACGUGAUCAGGUAUUGGUUCGCCAACUCCAAUGUCCGGACAAGUAUUAUAGUUUUCAUGGUGGACCUUUUUUUGAUGAUAUAGUUUCAGGAGAAUCUAGAGAAAUGGAAUCACUCUUCCCUCGUAUUCCUAAUCCACCCAUAUGCAAUGCCACCAAGUUAUUGGCGGCUUGUGAUGGCUUGUUACUCAUGAAAAAUUGUGAUAAUGGCCAGUUAACUUUAUUGAACCCUUCGACUGGACAGUGUCGUAAUCUGCAGGAUGUUAAAUAUGAUUUUGCGUCGCCAGGGGGCAGGUGUUGUUACGGCUUGGGUUAUGAUUCGUCAACAGAUGACUAUAAGAUACUUGUCCUGGCAGAUUAUCACUUUGAAAAGGAGCGCCGGUUAAAAACUGAAACUAAACUUUUUUCUGUGAAAACAAAUUGUUGGCGGAAGGUUAAAAGUCCCGGAAUGAGCAACAAUAAUGCCGUAAAUCUAAACGGAUGUAUGAUUUGGGUGAGUACGCUGUAUUGGAAGUCCAAUGGUAUGCAUUUGAACAAGAUAGUUUCAUUAUCACUAGCAGACGAGACGAUAAUAGAGAUGGAACAUCCUUAUUAUUAUUACGAUGAGAUUCCAUGGCCGGAUGUGGGUGUUUUGCAAGGAUGUGUUUGUUUAACAGUGGCUGGUUCACGCUCGCUCACCAUCUGGUUAAUGAAAGAAUUUGGAGUAACAAGCUCGUGGACUAAGGUUAUUACCUUACCCAACCUAGAUUUCAGACGUGCAACUCCAUUGCCAGUUAAUCAUAUGAACAAAACAGUUUUCCUUCUUGACGGAUGGGUUAAUGGUGUUGAGCUGUUGAUUCUGAAUGAUUUAGAGGCAGAAGACUAUAAAAUUGUUAAAAUUACAAAUUUCCCAAGGCGAAAUUUUCCUCAUCUGUUGACAUUUUCAAGGAGUUUAAUUUCACCAAAUUAA